ACUGCUAUGACAACCACCACAGCUGCGCUUCCAACAACAGCCGUGACUACACCUGACCUCGCAACCAGAACACUUCAGGCAAGAACAACCACUGCCCUCGCCACAGUGGCAACCACAUGCCCUCUGACAACACCAGGCGCCCUUCCUGAGACAACCACAGUGCUUCCGACCACUGAGCCUUCCACGGAAGGGUCCACCCUCACUGCAGAGUCAGAAACGCUCCUUCUCUCUGAGGUGACUUCUGGAAACACUACCCUACUCACACCCAAAGGUAUAAGAAAUACAAACAUUUUCUCUCCUGUUCCCUUCCCAGCCACUGAGAUGACAGAUUUUGUGGAUGAAGCUGAACCAGGACAGGCGAUCAGGAUGGACAGCGCCUUCCUGGCGAAGAUCAUUGCUUCCUCCCUGGGAUUUGUGCUGUGUGCACUGAUCGUAGGGCUGUUCCUUCGAGGGAAAGUCAUGAAAACCAAUUGCUUCCAGAAACACACAAGGCUACACAACCCUGGAGAAAGUAAAAACGUCCUCGAUGACAUACAGCACGGAAGAGAAGAUGAAGAAGGUCUUUUCACACUAUGA